AUCAGAAAUCCCGCCUAUGACUCGGAUACAUUCGCUACGCUUUUCAUCUCUUUUCGCCACCCUUUUUACACUCGACUGGGUCCUCGUCCAUUUAGACGCAUACCAUCUUUUAUAUGGGUGUCAAGCAUACCAACAAAUGUUUACUUGGGCUCACACCCGCAUAUCCUGCAUCAGCGCCUUGUCUCGUGCCCUCGCGCAAGCACCCCGCCCUCAAACAGCAGCCAGAUCAGCUUUUGCAGCUUCGCAACCUCCCCCUGCAACUGGCAAGCCAAUGGACAACAGUUAAUAGACAACUUUCGAUACAGCAAUCAAACCUUAUGUACUUCUCUGGGACCCUCGGAUUGUGAGACGUGGCUCGCAGAUAACUGGUCUGCGUCAAAAAAUGCAACCUUGUAGCUGGUGUAAAAGAGGUAUCAAAUUGCCGCGCGAUAUGCGGUGAACUACCUUCCUGAACGGAGAUACCACACCAACAAUAUCCA